AUGACACAAUUAACACCUCAUCCGAAGCACCAGCGUGUUUCUACAGAAGGUGUUACAGGUCUUGACACCUCAAACGAAUCCUCGGACUGUACAACAACUGAUGAUCCCUCAGGUCUAGAAAUUGUUGAGGUGUAG